UCAUAAAAAGGAAAGCUUAUAUUACAUUGAGAAACCAGAAAAUAUCUGGAGUUAUACUGAAAAAUCGGAGAGCGUGAUGAAAAGUCUGGAGACUGUGAAGCUCCGCGGCAUCGGGUUUCCUGUCUCUUCACUCAGUGCUGGGAGAGACGCGGCCGAGUGAGGGUGUGGGCUUCGCUCAAUCCUUGGCGGCUCCCUCGCCUUCCUGACACUCUGACCUCACGUUUUGUGGCUCCAUUGGCUUGCGUAUACCAUCAGCACUAGGCGGCGCGUGGCAAGCGUGGCACGGCGCCCGGAGGAUGGCGAGGCGCGGCACCAGGAGAGGCGGCGCGACGGUGACCACGUGACGACUUGUAAACAAAACUCGUGAGCGAAGGAGACCAGAAAAAAAAAAGAUAAACAUUGACCACCGUACCAUUGCACCAGUGCUUCGUUAUCAUCUUCUUGCUCCAUACACUGUAUUCCUCCCCUCUUUGUGCGUUAGUCCACUGUUUCUAUUUUUACAGUGCCAGUGACACACCCGCUGUCACACUAGUACACCUGGACAACACUUAGCAAGGCGACGCACGGGAGAACAAGAAGAGGUGGGCAACUCCAUAGCCACCCUAGAGAACUCUGGUAACUCUACAUCCUGUCAUUGGCGUGUGGAGUGAUUUGGAGGAGCUGUGAAGCGGAGAGAGGAAAAAACCGAUCUACAUGAAAUGACAGACUGACUGGUUUCUUCCAGUUCACCAAGGUUGUGUGAGGCAUUGUGGCAUUGUGGCGUUGCAGGGAAGCGUGCACCAAACGGGUUACAAAAAUAGUUGUUGGUCUUAAGCGAAUAUCUGCAUGAAGCUCAAAACGAUUCUAGUCACGGUAUGUAUAUUUAUUCCUGCGUUCCUGUGUGACAGUGGAUGAUACAGAAGCAUUUUAAAGACUUAAUGUUCCUUGUGAGUUGGCGCUCUUCUCUCACGCAGACAUUUUUUUAAUAUACGCAAAAUUAGAUUUUUUUUUUUUAUGAACUUUAGCGCUGAUCAAUAUUUAAAACCAGGACUUAACCAAAACGCGAUACAGAAUCUGCUUCACUCGCCGUCCUUCCUCCCCACGAUCUUGAAAUUUAUUAGUUCUGUUUCGUCUGUAACUCUUGAACCUCACCCAUGUACAAAAAACAGAGGAAGAGAAGAAAGGGAAUAAAGAAGGAAGAGAAGGAUAAGGAGGACCAUAAUUACACAGAACGAGAAGGGAGGAAGUGAAGAAGAGGAGGAGAACGAAAGCUACAACCACACACGGAAAUAAAGAAGGAACAACAAACUGAAGAUAACCACGUGUGUUUGUUUGAACGUGUCAGCCGAACAUUUAAGUCAAACUUGAAAAAAAAAAACACCACCACCACCACCACCACCACUACUACUACUACUACUACUACUACUACUACUACUACUACUACUACCACCACCACCACCACCACCAUCACCACUGCAGCCUCCCUCACGUCUCCCCAACCACCUGUCAAGACUUUCCACCCCCUCUGCUGCCUGCCUGUCACCACCACCACCUGUCACCGACCUCAUUUACACCGCCCACCUGUGAACCACCACCACCACCACCACUACUACCUAUUACCUCAGGAUAAAAGAGGUAUGGCCUGCGUUACGUCCUGUUGCUGAUGAUGACACCACGACGACCACCAACACCUGGGCUGCUCCACUAACCCUAUCCUGCCCUGCCUUGCCUAGCUCAUCCUUACGUCACCUAACCUAACCUAACCUAACCUAACCUAGCCUAACCUAACCUAACCUAACCUAACCUAACUUAAUAUUACCUAAUCUUACCUAACUCAUCUUUAACCUCACCUAACCUAAUUUCCACUAACCUAACUAACUCCUAGCUAACCUAACCUAAUCUAACCUAACCUGCCCUGUCCUGCCAAACCAAUUAUCCUUUUACAGCUACUACUACUACUGCUACUACUACUACUACGACUACCACCACCACCACAACCACCAUGGCGGCCCACCAGCUCGUAGCAACCCUGAUAUUCCGCCUUAUGCUGCCUAUCGUGCUGACCAUAUGUGCGGUGCUGCGUUUCAGUCUCAUGUCCCUCACCUACCUGGGCAUGGUGAUGAUCGUGCCCCUGCUGCCUGCCCCGACCUUCCACACUAUGAGAGGUGAGGCGCUUCGUGGGACACACGGGGGCGGUUUCCUGAGGGUCCUCGUGGGGCUCAGCAUAGUCAACUUCCUCGUGCAGUUUAUUUUUCAGAUAGUUCUUCUCUCCUUACCGCCCUACGCGUCCUUCUUGCCCCCAUGUGAGUUUCUGGAGAAGCUGCUGCGCCACUUGGGUCUUGUGAGGCUGGACCAAGUGAGCGAGGUGGACGGGACACGCUGGCUGCUUCCUGAGUGCAUUCUGGUGGUCUUCUCUCCCGGGGUGUUCGUGGCGUGUCUGAAGCUCACCACGCACGCCUCCCCACACCUCCACCUGCCCGCACACGACCCGGAAGGCGACACGCACAAGAAUAUUGGUCUCAGAAUUCUAAAUGCUGUUGGCAUCUAUCUGGCUGUGGCGGUGAUAGGGGCGGCCGGCGUCAUGGUUCCUUCGCUCCUCUCCGCCAUCUACUUCCUCGUCUUUGUCGCCACCGCCACCUACUGUAGUCUUAACAAUCCACUGGGACGCCGUUUCGGGUACGUGUGUCGGGCUGUGAUGGUGGUGGCGGGCGUGCAUCUGCUUUGUCUCUACGUGUACCAGACGCAGUGGGCGCAACAUUACCUGCCGCCCGCCUCCCUUGCAGCCAGGCUGCUGGGGAUGACGGCCGUGGUGGGGACUGACUGCCAGGAUCCACGCUCGGCGCCGCUUGCCACAGAUGAGUGGUCCAGAUUCCUCAACCCGGUGCUGCUUCUCCUCCUCUACUACGUCUUGUCAUUCGAGUCGCAAUUUCUUCUCUCCAAUAAGGCGGCGCUGCUGUCACCCGUGGGCUCCAGUGUGAAGUACCUGAUUCGCCGUAGCACCAUUCGAAGCCGCUCCAUCAAGUCUCGUCACUCAUCUGCCUCUGAUGCCUCGCGCUCACGCCGAACUUCAUUCACCCACCAGUCCCGCCGCCGCCUGCUGGCCGAGACUCAACUGCAGGAGGGGGGGGUUGUGGCAGUGGGCAGCAGCCUGGGCUCAGGUCUUGGCUUUGGCCAGGACUCAGACCCCAGCUGGGAUGCCCCAGUGGCCCUGUGCCGCAGCCGCAACCCAUCAGUGCGAGACUCUGCCUGCAGCAAUAACACCUCAGUCCGCAGCAUCAGGUCCUCCUAUGGCCCCAAUGGUUCCCUGCCCUCCAAACUGUGUCCCAGAGCUUUCCAGGGUGGAGGGGGACCUGGAGGGCAGCACAGGGUGGUGGUGGUGUGGAGAGCGGUGCUGGAGGGGACAAGGGAGAGCCUGAGGAGGAGCACCCCUCUUCAGAGACUCAUCUACCCCCUGAUCAGUGUGUUCCAGCUGGUGAUUCGCUCAUCAUACAUCGCCACCAACAUUGUCAUGAUGGCAUGGAGCAUCACCUACCACAGCUGGCUCACCUUUGUGCUGCUGCUGUGGGCCUGUGUGCUGUGGAUGAUUCCUAACCAGCGUGCCGCAAUGCUGCGCUGCUCCCCCUUCCUUGUCAUCUAUGCUGAGCUGCUGUUGCUGAUUCAGUACAUCUACUGCAUGGACCUGACUGAGGAGGAGCUGCCCAGUCAGGUGGAGGCUGUCAACCUCAGCCAGAUUGGUCUGGUCAAGUAUCCCAAGCUGCCAUGUAAGCCCCUCAUGGUCAAGGUCCUGUACACCACCAUGUUCUGGCUCACGUUGCGGCAGUACGUGCAGGAGGUGGUCGAGGUCACCAAGCGGGAGAUGUCCUCCGCAGCCGCCCUCCAGCCCUUCACUGUGGCCGUCAGCACCACCACCUCUGGCCAGCCUGUCACCACCCUCAUCUCCUCCAGUGAGGACCAGACGUCGUCCCCGGUGAUGGAGCGCAUCGGCCAGUGGGUGCGUGGACUCCUUGUCAAGUUCUGGAUCUGGCUGGUGGCCAUCAUGCUCUUCAUCUUUGGCAUCCAGGGCUCCGAGGUGGUCAUCUUCCGGAUCAUGUACAUGGUGCUUUUCCUUGUCUUCACCAUCACCUUCCAAUUGUCGUACUCAGCUUGGCGUAACUUCCUGUAUGGCUUCUGGCUGACGGUGAUCGUGUACCAGAUGGUCGUGCUGGUUCUCACCUACACCUACCAGUUCGAUAACUUCCCGCAGUACUGGGAAAACUACACCUACAUCCCUAUUCAGCUGCAGAAGGAUAUGGGUUUGGAGGUGUACGACACAGGCCGCCUCUUCAUCAAGCUCAUGACGCCCACCUUCUUUGUCAUUGUCACCAUCAUCCAAGUGCAUUACUUCCAUAAGGACUUCCUGGAACUCUCAGAUAUAGAGAAGAUACCUGACCAGCUGCCCACAGUGAAAGAAACCUCCAAGAAAGCUGCCACCAAACCCAAGCCUGCAGUACAAAGCCACCCAAACCUGCUUGAGUCCUGCACACUGGAGGACAUCAGAGGGGCUCUGGAACACUAUGGCACACGUCUGCUGGGGUGGCUGCAGGAGGGCUUUGCCUCAGCGCUGGAGCUUGGAUGGCGGUUUCUUGAGAUUCACCUCAUGAAAAUUGUCCUUGGCUCAGUUAUCACUCUUGCCUGCUAUGAUGUGUGCCCUCUCCACUGGGCCUUCGUGGUGCUCGCCUCAGUGGCCGUGCCGUGUCCCGAGAGGAUCCAGAUUGCUAUAUGCAGGACUUGUAUUUUUCUUGCGUCCCUUCUGCUCAUUGUACGCAUGAUCUACCAGAUUGAUUACAUUGACCCAGAGGAGUGGGUGGCAGACUGCUCGAUGUUCAACAAUGAGACCACAAAACCAUAUCCUCUAAACACCACAGCAGACAACGCACUGUGGGUUGGCCUCGCCAAGACAGACAACCUGCCCAAGUACCUCAAGGGAUACAUAGGCAUCAUCGUGGUGAUCACUGUGCAAGCCGUGGUGGGCAUCCGGCAGCAGUACCACCGCAAGGUCACUGGCCUGCCCCCUCCACCCCCCGGCGUCCUGUUCCCCAAUGUGACUCGUGCUGUGGCUGACGAUGGUGUGGUGGAGUGUUUGAAGUUCCUUCUCAACUAUGGCUUCUACAAGUUUGGGGUAGAGAUCUGCCUGAUGAGUCUGGUGGCAGUGAUUGGGACGCGCCUGGACGUGUACUCGCUCUUCUAUGCCGCCUGGUUGUGUUACUUCUACAACCGGGAGCGGAAGGGAAUUGCUCGGGUGUGGAAGGGAUUUGUGGUGUUCAUCACAGUGCUGCUGCCCAUCCAGUACCUCAUGUGUGUGGGCAUCCCACCAGGCAUCUGUACAGACUACCCAUGGGCUGGAGAGAUGGACCCAGAGUUGAGGGAGUGGCUCUUCUUCCCAGACUUUGUGAAGCCACCCGAGUCUUACAAGAUUGUCACGGACUUCUGUCUCUUGAUCUUUGCUGUGAGUCAACAGCGAGUCUUUGAGAUAGAGUUUGCUGACGGGGCCGACUCAUACGAGGGUGGCAGCAACAAGGAGAUUGUGCACGAGGACCAGGCUUCCCUUGUUAAUCCACUGCCAGACUUCGUUACCUAUGCCAGGAAUUCUGGAGGUAAAAAGAACUAUUUGGACAUGGUGAAGGUGGUUAUCUUCUUCACCUCCUACUGGGUGACCCUUGCUGUCAUGUUCCUCGGUGGCACCAACCGGGUGACUCUUUUUGCCAUGGGCUACGUCAUGGGUGCCUUCAUCUUCCUGUGGCAGGGCAAUGAGUUCUACCUCAGGCCACUCAAUGUCAUCCUGCGCCUAUGGAACUUCCUGUUGGGGUACAAUGUUGGGGUCAUCGUGGUGAAGACGUUCCUGCAGCUGCUGGGUUGUGUGUUCCUGCGGCCCCUCGCCCUCAACACUUGCUGGCUUGUCCAGCUUCUAGGCAUUGCCUGUGUCAAGAAAUUUGGUGACACUUCUGACGAGGAGAUUGUUGAAGACUUGAAGAAGGACUGUGCCGUCCCCAAGUCUGAGGCAGGUCUUUUAUGGGAUGGCAUCUGCUUUGGCUUCCUCCUCAUGCAGCGGCGACUCUUCUGUUCAUUUUAUUUCCAACACCUGGUGACAGAGAUGAAGGCACAGACCAAGCUUGCUUCCAGAGGUGCUGAGCUGAUCGCUGAGCUGAUGCAGGAGGAGAUAGCAGAGCAGCAGGCAGCAGAGCGGGAGAUGCUCAACAAGAUCAAGGAGAAGAUGGAACGCAUCAAGGCAUCGCAGCAGCUCAUACAGAACCAGCAGAUCCAGGAGCCAGCCAGCCACUACGAAGCAAUACGGUCUGGCGACUACUACAUGUUUGAAGAUUAUGGAGACUAUGAGGGACUUGCACCCCUGGAGAUACCUGAGGAGCCGCCACAAGGGGACACCACACAGGGAAUGACGGUUUCAGAGCUGCUGAGUUCUGCGCUGAAGACAGACAUCGUGGAAGCGGCUGAGGAGGCUCGGACCGCCCGCCUCUCAGAGUCUGACGCCACUUCACGCCGCUCAUCUUAUGUGAGGCGGCCGGUUCGACGCACCCUGUCUGGCCGCUCACAGGUGUCCAUGGCAUCCCGGACUUCACGAACAACGUCCAGGAGUGUGCGCAUUCAUCCCCGUCCUCGCUCACCCCCAGCUGUUCCUCACUCACCCCCACCCCUGCCUCUCUCUUCACCUCCACGACGGUCUCCCUUAGCAUCUGGUCGGCCACCCCCACCCUCCACCCUGCCGCCCCUGCCUCCCAUACCCCAGCUGGACGGUGGAUACCUGGCCGAUGAUUCCACUGCGCAUGACUACUCUGAAAUUGAACCUGCUGAGCCCCAAGGUCUUGCUCCCAUCCUACGGAAGAUUGUUCACUGGGCCAAGUUUGCCUGGGAGUUCCUGGAAUCUCUGAUGAUCUCAGCAACACAGCUGCUCAACCGCCUCUCUAAGGAUUACCGCUAUGUGGCAUGCUGUCUCUCAGAAGAGAAGAAGAGGCUCAAGGAGACGGAAGGGUUUAGGGUGAUGCCCGGGGCGCCACCACAACCUCCACAGCCUGAGACUGGCUGGUCAGAAGUUCCUCUCAACCAAAAUGGGUAUGGUGGACAGGAGCCUCUGGAGAUACGAGUGGAGAAGGCAAGUGAGGACAAGACAGAUGACAGUGUGGAUUUGGUGGACAUCGGAGAAACCCAAGAGAAAGACUUCAAGAAGGAACAGCCACCUCUCGUCAAACUUAUUAUUGCCAUGUGGUAUGCCAUCCUCUCACGGUCUGAAUUGGUUUGCUACAUUAUGAUAUUCGUGAACCAAAUCAAAUCAGCAAGUGUCCUGUCACUGCCACUGCCGUUCUUGGUGUUCCUGUGGGGCUCCCUCAGUGUACCGCGCCCCACUAAGUCCUUCUGGAUCACUGUCAUCGCCUACACUGAGAUUAUUGUGGUGGUGAAGUACUUAUUCCAGUUUGAUUUCUUCCCCUGGAAUCAAGUGGCACUUGACGCCGCCUUCUGGCCUCCACGCAUCAUUGGCAUUGAGAAAAAGAACAGAUACGCCGUGUACGACUUGGCACUGCUGCUGGUAGUGUUUUUCCACAGAUUUAUGCUGAAGAGCCUUGGAUUAUGGAAGGAAUCUUCAGACAUGACCCCAACAGUUACUGCCCAUACCUCCCCAGCUCCCAGCCCCACAUCCUCCUCUCCCUCCUCCACACCCCAGGGAACAAGGAAAGGGGAGGAAUCCACCCUGUCUGCUCCAACCUCCAAGGAGGAUGAAGAUGAGUCCACUCUGUCCUACACAAAGGACACCUCUCUGUUGUCCAAAGAUACACGAGAAGAGGAGUCGCUGUUCUCCAAGGACACAAAGGGCAGCAGCUCCCUCACAUCCAAGGACUUCAAGGACAUUUCCCUGACAUCCACUGGCCACACACGGGACAGCUCCCUGCCUACCACACUGCAGGAUGCUUCCCUGACAUGGCAGGAGCAGGAGAGUUCACUGCUGCUGAAUGUCAAUGACGAGUCCUUGCUGACCCGUGCCUCAGAGCCUCUCCCGGGGUCCUCUCCCUCACACUACCUGCCACUGUCUGAGGGCAGUCAGACACCCCAGGCUGAGUCUGACACAACAUACCAGCAGCAAUUAGGAAGUGAAACAGCAGACUAUGCAGAGACUUGGAUGCCAGGUCAACACGCCAGGCACUCGUCCCUGGUGUCUCAGGUGCCGGGUGGAGCAGAAACCACAAAGCCUCGCACCUCCUCCCUGGUGGUACGGCCUGAACACCGCCGCCACCUCUCAGAAGGCUCCCGCGUCUCCUUCAGCCAGCGUGCCCCGUCCCUCACCUCUCACUGCACACACAUCUCCCAGCCAUCCCAGUCCGGCGCCUCAGACUCUGUACAUGUGACCUGUACUGCCUGCAACCUCCAGGCACUGAGGGACCUCCAGAAACCUGACAUGGAAGAAGUGAAAGAGAACUUGCAACAGCUGCCCAAGAUUGCAAAGGGAGGUGCUGAGCGUCAGGUCAACAAGGUGCGAGGCUUCCUGGACAGGCUGCUUCAUCAAGAGUCUCAGGUUUCAGUGGAUGUCUACGCGUACAUGUUCUUCUGUGACUUCUUUAACUUUUUUGUCCUCAUCUUUGGCUUUGCAGCAUUUGGGACCCAGCAGGGGGAUGGAGGCGUGAAAGCUUACCUGGAGGACAACCGAGUGCCCAUUCCCUUCCUGGUGAUGCUGAUCCUGCAGUUUGGCCUCAUCAUUGUGGACCGAGCUCUGUUCCUCAGGAAGUUCAUCUUAGGCAAACUAAUAUUUCAGGUUGUACUCACAUUUGGGAUACAUAUCUGGAUGUUCUUCAUUCUGCCAGCUGUAACAGAGAGGAGGUUCAAUGCCAAUCGGGCACCACAGAUCUGGUACAUGGUGAAGUGCCUCAACCUGCUCCUCUCGGCCUACCAGAUCCGCUGUGGGUACCCAACCAGGAUCCUUGGCAACUUCCUCUGCAAACAGUACAACUACCUCAACCUUUUCUCAUUCAGACUAUUCAUGAGUGUGCCAUUCUUGUUUGAGCUGCGAACACUGAUGGACUGGAUCUGGACAGACACAAGCAUGAGCAUCGGUGACUGGGUGAAGAUGGAAGACAUCUUCUCCCACAUCUUCAGGCUCAAGUGUGAGCGGCGAGCAGAAAUUGAGUAUCCCCAAGCACGUGGAGAGGGCAAGCGCAAAAUCAUCAAGUAUGGCAUGGGUGGCUGUGCACUGUUUUGGGUGAUAGCCUUCAUCUGGUUCCCCCUCGUGCUGUUUGCCCUCAGCAACACAGUGGGCCAGACCAAUCCGCCUUAUGAUGUCACUGUCCAGAUCACCGUCGGUGCCUACCAACCAAUAUUCCGCAUGACAGCCCAGCAGCAGAGCCUCUCACAGUUCACCCAGAAUGACUGGUACUCCUUCAACAACCACUACCUCAAGGACCGUGAGGCUCAGACCUUCCUGAGCAACUAUGACUACCCAGACGUGGUGGUUGGAGAGCUGAAUGGCAACUCCAAUGCCAUCUGGGGCAUCUCUCCCCCAGCACAAAAACGACUGAUCACUGAACUUCAGAGCAACCACACCAUCAAACUUAAGCUUGACUGGACAGUAAAACGACCAUCAAACAGUCCUGACAUUGCUUCCGAGUGCAAGGCCAAAAGGGAGGUGAAUCUUGAGGCUUACAAAGGCCAAGUGAGGAACCCUGUGAGGGAGAAGUUGGUGCGUAUCCUGGAGGGGGAGCUGGACCAAAACCCAGUCAUGAUCCCUAACCUGUUCCCAAAGUUCCUCAAGAUAACCAACAAGGGUCAGGCAAUAUACAUUCCUCAGCUUGAAGAUGAAUCUGAAGGCUAUGUGGACUUGAAGCUGACCUUGCAGAGUGCAGGUCUUGGUAACUUGGUCUCAAGGCAGAAGUGGUGGGAGGUACAAGAGAACUGUGAAAACGGAUAUUUUGGCUGGCUGCCGCACUACAGUCAGUGCCGCUUCCUCACCAUCUACACCUUUAAUGACAAGACUUUCCCCAAAGGCCUAAGCUUCAUCUCUGGUGGAGGCAUUGUGGGGAUGUACACCACACUGGUCCUGGUGGCAGGGAAGAUGCUGCGAGGCUACUUUGCCGGGUCGGCCCUCAAGAUCAUGUUUGAUGACUUGCCAAAUGUUGACAGAAUAUUGCAGCUGUGCCUGGACAUCUACCUGGUGAGGGAGAGCAACGAAUUAGAGCUGGAGGAGGAUCUAUUUGCCAAGCUGGUCUUCCUCUUCCGUUCACCCGAAACUCUCAUCAAGUGGACACGCCCUCCAGAGGAGGAGACACCUGAGGGAGAGGAAGGGGAUCCACAGCUGGAGUAAUUUGUUCCUCAACUUUAAUAACCUGCAUUCCCUUGGGCUGGCUGCUCCCUUCCUAGUCCUUUCACCAGGCAUUCCCUUGGGAGUGGAGUCAGCACAGCCCACAAGCGCACAACUCUUUAGUCAGCUCAUUGUUGCAUUACUUGAUGUUGUGGAAGUAAUAGAGAGAUAAUAGUGUUUCUUUGGAGGUUUGUUGAUUGACUACAGCCGGUGGGAGCUGAGUUACUCUACCGGAGAGCUUCAGCUGUGGUGAUGCUGUACUUGUGGCAGAGAAUUGAAAUUAGUACUUAUGACAUGGUGUUUCACAUUUGGUUGGAAAAGUUAUUCUAAGUGAAGGAGACAAGGAAGCCAUGCAGAUUGUCAGGUGAAUUGGGAAAGAAGAAAAUAGCUAAGCUCAGUGAAUAAAGCUUUUAUAAAUAAAUAAGUAAAGCUCACUUUAAAAAGGUUUUGAUUAGGUAUAGAAGAAAGGACAGAUGGCUACAUAAGUGACUUACUAGGUUAUAUAGAAUUAGCAAUAUUUAUUUAUGAAAAUACUAGGGUGAGGCCCGUAAGAAGAGGGUAGAGUAAUAUAUUCAGCUUGUCUCGUGGCAGUAGUGUCGCCUACAUAAACACAGCUUGGUGCAAUGUGACUUUGGGUCCACACUUGACUCUAGCAAAUGCAUCUGUGUAGCAAAGGGUGGGCACUUCUGUGCCACAGCCUCAGUAUUAAUCAAGGCAUGCUGUAUGAGUACUUUACCUACCUAGAUGUAGAUUUCAAGUGUGCCUAAUGUUUUAGUGCUAUCAGAAAUGCCAGCUCUUUUAUACAGUAGCUUUCCUACAAUAUUUUUUAGGGUUCAACAACUUGUAUUCAGUAUAGAAGAGAAGCUAGGAAGAAUUGGAUCACAGACAUUAUUAGCAUGAAGCAUCUUUAAAGUUAUUGAGUGAUGCAACUUUUACACUACAAUGUAUCCCAGUGAUGUCCUCCUCCUUGCCCUGAGCUUGACUGCAGUGGGUGUCACAGUGUGCCAACUAACACAUGGCUGCUGUUCUUUAUCAGAUGACAGUUGUGGCAUCUAUUAAGACUUCACAUUACAAAUAACAAUUACUUAUGCAUAUUUGGGUUAAAAUAAGUUUCGGAAAGCAACAGAAAAGCAUUUGUAAAACUUGUACUGUAUAUUACCAUUCCUGAUGCUGCCCUUCAAGGGGAUGACUGAGACAAGGUGGCUACAGGCACAAGCAUCCUCUCACACCACUGCCUCUUCAAGCUUAAGAGGGGACCACUCCCCACAUAACACUACAGAGGAAUGCUUGCACACCACUAAAAUCUGGUAACUGACACAUAAUACUACAAUUAUUACUGUAGCAGACUGUAUGUAAACAAAACAUAACAGCCACCAGUCAUCUUGGUGACAAGGGAGGCCUUACAGGGUGCAGGACAUCAUGAACACCUGCCACUGUCAUAUUUAAAACGUUUAGACAUGUGGCUCGUGUUAUGCUGUAGCUUCUUUCCACUUAAUAAAACUUUUUGAAAAAAUAUCAUUCCAAUCUCAUCAUUUCCAUAGCCAAGUGACAAUCUAGGGCGGUAGCAGGCUGAAGUAGUUAUUUGAGCUACACCACUGCAUUGUGGACAUCAGUCUGCCACCAUAACAAUCUCCUGUUUUCAUGAAGUAUACAUGUUUAUAACUUGUAAAGUAGGAAAAGAAUAUAUAUUCAUUUUUAAUUCCUGUGAAGUACAGUAAAAUCCCUCUUAUCCGGCAUCAACGGGACCGCCGACAUGCCAGAUACUUGAAUAGAAGUGAAAUUAUGUCCACAAUCACCACCCUACACUCGCGCAUCUUACCAUAACAAAGAUCAGCUGAUCACCGUGCCGCGCGUCACCACCCGCACUGCCACCUCACACUCACCAACACACAGUUGUAGCAUUGGGCCUGUAAUUGUGACUCCUUCUGAUCUUUUCAAGCUGAACCACUCGUAUAACACUUUGUCCAUCAUUUCACCACGAUGAUACUGCAGUGUGUGACGAUUUUCCGCCUUUGGGAUGUCGGUGGCUUUCAUGUAAUCCCGCAACUUUUUCGUCUGGGAUUUAAUGUCAUAAAUAGUUGAUGAGCCCACACCAUAUUCUGCCAUUAGUUGCUGUCUGCUUUCACCUCUCUCUAAUCGUAGACAAAUGUCUACCUUCUGCUUAAGUGUAAGCACAACACGCUUCCUCUUUUCUACAACUUUAGGCAUGAUGAAGGUGUCAGGCGAUAAACAGUGCACACACAGGACUGAGUCACUGAGUAAACACAGUGCAGUGGGCCGCGGGUGGCGCGAAGCAGUGCGCUCUGGUGGCGAGGGGACAAAGUAUGCCUCGUGCAGGAAUUUUAAUUGAUUUUAUGAGUAAACAUUGAUUUUUUAUUGAUUUUAAGGCUCGGGGAAAAAUGUGCCGGAUGAGAGGGAUUUUACUGUACAUGCAUGACAGUUAUUGCUGCACUACUUCCGCCAGCACACUGUUGUUACAGAACAGUCACCAACAAUUUUUAAAAAUGUAGAAAUGUACAAGAAAUCAUUUCCAUACAGAUACACAAUAAAUGGCAAAUGUAAAAAAAUAAUAACCAACUAAUGUAAUUCACUGCUGAAAACUGAAAAAACUUGUCAACCAGAAGCUGUAGCCUUUCAGUAGGUGUCACUUGAUAUCUUUUCUUAAUCCUCCAGACAGCUGUGUGCUGGGUUGAUUCAUAUUUGUCAAAUGAACUGUAAACAGUGGCUCGGACAGACUUUCUGGAUUUGUCUCACGCCUUUGUGAAGCAUACCGCUGUUCCUAUUGAAAGGGUUAAUCACUCACCCUUUUUCAUUUAAUCUGCUGUCCUCAUUCUAAAAAGCUACUUGUCUCCCACCCUUCUUUACCUUUGUCACUGUUCCCACCUUCAAGAUCAGUCACCCAGUGACCUUCACCUACACUGCAGCUUCCAUCUUAAGAUCUACCAGGAAACUACCCUUUCUUCUCAAUAUAACCAGUACAGUAGUGUGAUUCCUCCAGCAGAUUUAUCUGCUCCAUUUCAUCUAAUGUACUAAAACUCUAAAGCUAUUUUCCUUAACAUGCUUUCAUGAAUUCCCUUCCAUAUUCCUUGCAUAUUGUUUCUUCACCCUCCUUGUCCUGAUGUACUUCUGCACCACAACAUGUCACUCCGUAACAGUGCCACACGUGGAUUCCUGCUGCCACUCAGGUUUUAUUCACUCACCCAUUCCCACCUUGUUCUUAAUCCUGCCUCUUUUAUCAACAACCUAAUUUUUUUUUUCUGGCAUCAGAUGAUCAUGUUACCUGUUGUUUACUAAGUUACCAUGCACAAAAAUAAGAACAAUUUCCAGUGCCUUGAGAGGAGAUGGCACGAGCCUCUGCUCCCUGGUGCUGCCGUGACAGGUUUUGCUAUGCAUCCAUCCACAAUGUAUUGCCACUCGACAGGACAAGAAGUUAUUAGCAGUAGACUAUUAUAGUCCGUGUAGUGCUCACGGGUGAUAUUUACACUCAAAAUUUUUUAUAUUUAAAACUGAAUUUCAAUACAGUUAGUAUUCAUGCAAAAUAUAUUGAACAGUGAGGGCUUACUGUGGCAUGUUGCGCGCGAGUGAGUUACUGCCAUCACUGUCCUGGCCACUUUCAUAAUUUUCUACCUAGGGACACAUGAUCUGUCCUUUGAUGCUUGAAUAUCACGACAAGCUAGAACCUCUGGGCUGGCAUCAGUAUAAUGGCAAAUUUUUAAAAAGUCAUUCACUUUGCCGCUGCAGUGUGUGUGUGUUUGUGUGUGUGUGUGUGUGUCCUUGGGCUUGAAUAUGUUGUAGCAUGUAACUUUAUAGUUUAGGCAAGAAAACUUACAUCUGCCUUGUGUUUUAUCAGAAAAAAAGACCAUACAAAGCAAUUAAUCAAAAGGGCUAUCCAGCGCCCUCAUAAAUGAGGGGGAACCACAAUGCAAACCAUCACUUUCCAUUAAACAAUUCUUCCCAAACAUCUAUUAAAAAUUGUACUGGUAACAAAUACUCUGCAGAAUUAGUUUUUAUUGUUUUCAUACUUACUCCUUUGAAAUAAAAGAUCCUUUGAUGAUGAGAAUGAAUUUUAAA